GCCGCUCGAGCGCUCCGUCAGAUGCGUGGACAGUCUGUGGUGGAAUCACUUCAACCUGCUCACGGCUGUAAUCUCCUGAGACACACAAACACACCGAACGACAAAACUAGACCGUUUUCAUACGUUCAUGUCACAAGACAUUGACUUCUGAGAGACAGGAUAUUAACGUUUAAGAGCGUGUGAGUUUGGUGAAUAGAAACCCUGCUGAAGAGGAGCUCCUCAACCUGCACUGGGAUGAAUCGCUGCACAGCCGCGUUACUUCUGUUGGUCAUUGCAGUUUAUUCGCUCAACACAGAAGCAUACAAAUGCAGAUGCACCAGGAAAGGCCCCAAGAUACGAUACAAGGACGUGCAAAAACUUGAAAUUAAGCCUAAACAUCCUUUCUGCCAGGAGAAGAUGAUAUUCGUCACCAUGGAGAAUGUGUCCCGUUUCAAAGGUCAGGAAUACUGCCUGCACCCCAGACUACAGAGCACCAAGAACCUGGUCAAAUGGUUUAAGAUCAUGAAGGACAAGCACAAGGUGUAUGAAGCCUAAAAUGCCAUAGUGUGAAGAGUUACGGAGGUUGAAAGUUCUGUGGAAUGUACAAACCCACCAUUGUGCAUCUGUGGAUCAGCAGAGGACCAGUUUUCCAAGAAUCGCGAGGCAUUUGCUCAGACAAGCUUACCAAGCACAAGACCUUUUCUUCAGGAACAAUGUCUAGGAAGACACUUGUCUUCCCAAAAAAUAAAAAUAAAAAUCUUAUUCACAUUUCAAACAUAAUUGUGGUCCAAAACAAGCACUAUGAAUUUAUUCCACGUGUUAGACUUGCAAAAAAAAAAAAAAGGCCGUGUAAGAAGGUCUGUGAAUCAGAUUUAGAUGCGAGUGAUCACUACCUUUUCAGCUGGAAUGUUUUUAAUCCCCUGAUAUAGGCUUCUCAUUUAUUUUUGGUCUGAGUCAUUGUGUUGUGGUAUGUAAAAGGGUUCUGCCACAAAUGUUAUUUAACUACCUGAGAGAAGCCAUACAGUAGUGUCCAGAUGGUUUAAACAACAUAGAGAUCUAAAGGGGUUAUUCACUUCCCCAGUCGUCCGUACGUGAAUACAGACCUUAUGUUAUUUUGAUAUCUCAGUAAAAUUAGUUUCAUAUGUGGUGAUAUAGAGCACAACCAUAUUUGAAAAGGGAGUAUGUAUGUAUAUAAAUAUCUUGUAACUGUUUACUGUGUGCCAUACCACCAUACAGCAGGUAAAAUGAGUUAAAAAACAGAAUUGUGAGCAAAGCAAAUAUUUUCAGUUAGCACUGCCAAGAGUGUGCUCAUCGGCACAGAUUUGCGAAACCUUUCAUUUAUCUUCAUGAACAUCUCUGCACAGUUACAUACACUAGAGAGUCAUUUAAAACCUCAUAUAGUUUAUCUACAAUAUCUGAGGGAACAUGUUCUUAUUGCACUCCAUUUCUUCCUCCAAACACUACUGAGGUUUAACCUCUCCAUGCACACAUUUCUGAAAUGAGCAUGUGAAUUUUGAGGCCUACAGUAAGUCAGUUUGUUUACCUAAACCUCUGUAUUCAAUCCUAGCUCAUCAUAAAUUCUCCACCACCAUUCCAUGGUCUAUGUGGGCCUCUUCUAUAAGGCUUUUAUUACUCAGGCUUAUUUGGUAUGACAAGUCUGGUAGAUUAUUUCCACUGAAUGGAUUGUCAUGUAAAUUAUAUGUACGAGAAGUAUGCAUCUUGUAAAUACAGAACAUUUGGCCUAGGUGAUUCGUUUAGAAUUUCAUAGUAGAAUUAUAUGUUGUAUUUUAAAGUUGUUUCACUAUUUAAAUAUACAAUAACAAAAAUAUUCCAGCCUUUGUGUUUGGGUUUACCCACCAAACACUGCUUCAGUUGCAUUCCAAGGAGUGUAAUGUACAAGCACAGCAAUAAAACUAUUUAAAUGA